AUGUUUUGUGUGUUCAAAGUUUUCUUCUCUCCGAGCUGCAGACCGGCGCUCCAGGGAGGGUAUUUAUACCUGCAGCCCCCAGAUCUCUCGAGCUGGGGCUCGCUUUCUCUGUCCCAGGUUAAUGAAUGCAGUCUGGUGUUUAUUAGCCUGUGUAUUUCAGUGGCCGCUGCCCUGCCUGGGGAGAAGAUCGUUGGGGGGUAUGAAUGCAAACCCAACUCCAAGCCCUACCAGGCCUCUCUCAACUAUGGGUACCACUUCUGCGGGGGGGUCCUGAUCAACGACCAGUGGGUGCUCUCCGUCGCCCACUGCUGGUACAACCCCUACUCCAUGCAGAUAGUCCUGGGGGAGCACAACCUGCGUAUGGUCGAGGGCACGGAGCAGGUAAUGAAGACCGACACCAUCGUGUGGCACCCCAGCUACGACUACCAGACCCUGGACCACGACAUCAUGCUAAUCAAGCUGUACCACCCCGUCAGCGUGAACAGCUUCGUGAGGCCGGUCAGCCUGCCCCACGGCUGCCCCUCCGCGGGCAUGGAAUGUGUGGUGUCAGGCUGGGGUAACACACUCUCCUCCGGAGUGUACCUGCCUCUCUCCCUGCAGUGCCUGGAUUUGCCUAUCCUGACUCAGGCGGAGUGUGACACCGCCUACCCCGGCAUGAUAACCAGCACCAUGCUCUGUGCUGGAUUCCUGGAGGGGGGCAAGGACGCCUGCAACGGUGACUCCGGCAGCCCGCUGGUGUGUAAUAACGAGGUUCACGGGCUGGUUUCAUGGGGUAACGGCUGUGCUCAGCAGCACUACCCCGGAGUCUACACCAAGAUCUGCUCCCUGCUCCCCUGGAUCGAGAGCACCAUGGCGUUGAACUGAGGGGCGGGAGGGGGUACCCAGAUCCAGCGAUCAGAGACAACCAACGAGGGCAAGACCAUCAUCAAUAUCAUCAUCAUCAUCAUCAUCAU